GGAAGAUGGCGUGUGACUUCAUACUGGGACUCUCGAGUGCGUAUUCACAAUAGACCAGACAGAUAGAUCCGAACUGUGCUGGUUCCAUGUUUCAUCUUUAAUCACCGUGGAGAUGCACGUUUGCUAGAAACUGCUGCUUUUUCUCAACUUCCGUGUAUUAGGUAGCCAUAGAGAGACAGAGUGGGUAACAUCGUGCACUUUCAUGUCCUGUUGCAACACCUUCGUAAGAGGUCGUAAAAUAGAACAUCUGCUUCUGAAAAACAUUCCAGCUGAUGACCCCCCCUCCCCUGUCCUGCCUCCCGUGAUCUGCAGUAUUUAUCCCGCGUGUCUUACAGGCUUGGGCAUGGACAGGAGCAGAAGUUUGGGAUUUCUUUGAGUAGGAACAAGUCCAGGCCUUCAUGGAGAAAAGCUCACUUUGUGACUUUAUCCUGGACCGAAACAAGCGCAUCACAUGGCAAGGGGACUGCUAUGUAGACCUCCAGUCUACACACAGCAAUCCCUCUAUUAAAGUAGAGAUGGAAGAUGUUGGUUGGAUCAAGGAGCACAGAGGACCGCUUUGCCGUUUCACGACCAAACGUCUCCUGGAGGGGGCUGUGUCCCACAUGCGGAUGCUGGAACUGCUUUGUGCGGACGAGGAGACCCAGAUCAAGGCACUAGACAAGCUGCAGGACCAGGUUGACACAUUCACCACCAUCCUGAUGUGCAAGGAGCCCCAGGCUUCUGACGCCCUCAGAGCGUUCAUCGAGAACUACGACUCCCAGGUGUCCCAGCUUAUCACGAUGCAUGAUGACAUGGUGAAGGAGCACAAGGAGGUUCUACAGCAUCGUUUUGGGCCUCACAGUGACAGCCUUACAGCCGACCACCACGGCUUGAACGUGGCUUCCAGAGCCCUCCUCCUGGUCGACGGCCUCUCAGACCUCCAGCAGAAGGAACACGACCUGAUGCAGGUGGAGGCCACACGCGGGACUAAAAGACACCAUACACGGCAGCUGGGCCUGGCCAAGCUCUUGGAACCUCUCUCUCGGAUCAGUCUGCCCCCCAGGGUCUCCCUCACGUUGGGGGUGUCUGGUAUCGGAAAGAGCACCUUGGUCCGCUCCUUUGUUCAGCUCUGGUGCCAAGGAGAGAUCUGUACGGAUGUGAGCUUCAUCUUGCCUUUGGCCUUUUGGGAGUUGAAUGCUUUUGAGAAGAUCUCGAUGGAAAAGCUGGUGAAGCUGGCUUUUCCUCACCUACCUGAUCCUAGUCUGGUCCUGAGCGGUUCCUGUCGGACGUUGUUUAUAUUGGACGGUCUGGAUGAGUUCCGUUGUCCACUAGACUUUUCGGAGGCAGCACCUUGCAAUGACCCCAAGAAGGAAGUGCCCAUCGAUGACUUGGUCACUAACAUCAUCCGAGGCAAUCUCCUUCCGGCAGCAGCGGUUUGGGUAACAUCAAGACCUUCCGUUGGUUCAAAUGUCCCUGGUGGACUUGUCGACAGGGUGACCGAGAUUCCUGGCUUCAGCCAGAAGGACAUCCAGCUCUUUCUUAACAACUGUUUUUCGGACAAGCACUUGGUGGGUCAGAUAUGGGCCCACUUAGUGUCCAAUAAGAUAUUCAUGGUGAUGUCUUAUGUGCCUGGCAUCUGUUGGAUAUUAGCCAGUACUGCUGGGUACCUCCUUCAGAGUGGCUGUCAGGAGGGACUACCAAGAACUUGCACAGAGUUCUUUUCCCAUUUCUGCUCCAUGAAGGCUGAAGCGGGAGAACCCAGAGGCAGAGAGCCUUUGAAGGCAGAACAGCUGCACGGAAACAGGAAGCUGCUAGGAGCGCUAGGCCGACUGGCCUUCUAUGGACUCCUCAAGCACAAGCACACCUUCAGUGAGCAGGACAUGAGGGCUUAUGGAGUGGACCUGCCGUCCACGCAAAGCAGCUUGGGAAGUGGAGUUUUGGUUCGCGAGGAAUCUCCCGUCUGUGUUGCCUUCCGUUUCACUCACCUGUCCAUCCAGGAGUUCUUGGCCGCCACGUACUAUCACACCUCCUCCAAACGAGCCAUCUUCGACUUGUUCACGGAGAGCGCCGUGUCUUGGCCCAAGAUCGGCUUCCAGAACCACUUCCGGAGCGCCCUGCAGCGCUCACAGCAAGCUGAAGAUGGCCACCUGGAUGUGUUUGUACGCUUUCUGGCAGGUCUGCUGUGCCCGACGGCAGUGCGCCCCCUAGCAGGACUGCUGGCACUGGGGAAGGAUGACAACGGAGGACUGAAGGGAUGGGCUGCGGGACUGCUGCAGAGCCUCCUGGCCAGCGGGGGCGCUGUGGUGUCACUACGUUCCGUAAACAUCGCCUACUGCUUACAGGAACUGCAGCACACAGAGCUGCUGCGGAGCGUAGAAGAAGACCUGAAGAACGGAAGUCUUGGAGGGAAGCUGACUCGGACGCACUGCGUGACUCUGGCCUACCUGCUGCAUGUGUCCCCAGAAUGCACCGAGGAGACGAACCUGUCGUCUUGUAUGGACAUCGCCACCGUGAAGAGCCUGCUGCCACAGUUGCUCUACUGUAGCCAUCUUAGGUUGGAGAAUAAUCAUUUCAAAGACGAUGUGAUGGAACUCCUGGGGAGUUUGCUCAGUGCCAAGGACUGCCACAUUCAGAAGCUAAGUCUGGCUGACAACGGCAUCAGCAACAAAGGGGCCAAAGCUUUGAGUCGGGCAUUGCUGGUUAACCGGACCUUGUCCACACUAGAUCUCCGUGGCAACAGGAUUGGUGCUAAAGGUGCCAAAUUUCUCGCUGAGGCCCUCAAAACGAACCAAGUGUUGGUGUCUAUCAAUUUUCAGAACAAUCAGAUCGAAGAGGAAGGAGCUCGAGCCUUGGCAGAGGUUCUGCAGUCAAACCGCAGGUUGCUUUCUCUCAACAUACAGAAGAAUUCAAUCGGACCAGAUGGAGCCAGGUGGAUUGCAAAUGCGCUGAAGACAAACCGGACUCUUACAGAGCUAAUCCUGUGUAGCAACCAGCUAGGAGACAAAGGAACUUCAGCCCUGGCCUUGGGAUUGAUGGUCAACCACAGCCUCCUCUCUCUGCACCUACAGAGUAACUCCAUCAGUGACAAAGGAAUGACCGCGUUGACUAAGGCGCUGAGGUCAAACCACGGACUCCUUUUCCUGAACCUUCGAGAGAAUUCUAUUGGGAUGAAGGGGGCGAGAGACAUGGCCAAAGCACUGCAAGAGAACAACUCUCUCCGGGAUUUAGAUCUUACAGCCAACCUGCUACACGAUGAAGGAGUUAAAGCCAUAGCUGGAGCAAUUAAGGUCAAUCAAGCACUCACCUCCUUACACCUACAGUGGAAUUUCAUCAAGUGCACCGCCACCAAAGCCUUGGCUGAUGCACUUCUAACCAACACCACCAUGCAGCUUCUUGACCUACAGGAGAAUGCAAUAGGAGAUGAAGGUGUGGAAGCUCUGGCAGGGGCCUUAAAGACCAACACAUCUCUCUGUACUCUGUGUCUCCAGGGUGUAUCAGCAGGCAGAAGUGGAGCCAUUGCCUUGGCUGAGGCACUUAUGGUCAACAAAAGCCUGCACACUUUGGAUUUGCGUGGAAACACAAUAGGCAUGGAGGGAGCCAAAGCUUUGGCCAGAGCGCUGAAAACCAACCGAACUCUCAAGUCUUUAAAUCUUCAGGAGAAUUCUCUUGGUAUGGAUGGAGCCAUAUUCAUCGCCACGGCUUUAAAAGGAAACAACCAACUAACUUACAUAAACUUGCAAGGAAAUGGCAUCGGAGAGUCGGGGGCAAAGGUCAUCGCUGACGCAAUCAAAACCAGCUCCUCUGACUGCAUAGUUGAGAUCUAACUGUUGUCUGACAUGCAUCAUUGGAAAGAAGCCUGCUGAUUACAACCAACUUGGCCACAAUCAAAAUAAUUGUUCAGAGGUUGCUACGUAAAUUAUUCACCCGUUUUGAGUUAAUCAGAUGGUAAAUAAACGAUUUGCAUACUCAGCUAAAUAAUGACAGCAGCAAAUGAAUCCAGAAACGGCAAUUAUAUGUAUGUACACAAUAUUUAUUUGAAUAAGUUUCAUUAUCACUGUACAAACCUGUGUCUGUUAAAUGAAUAUAGAGGAAAUGAUGUCCAUGUAACCUAGUGCCACUCUAUCCUUACUGCCUAACAACAGAAUGUGUUUUGUAUAUGUAUCUUAAUAAUCAACUGCAUAUGUGAUCACAUGUUAUAUUGCAGGUAAUGUUAUCAAGGUAAAAAAAAAAAAGUUACAAUUU